AUGAGAAUCACGCUUUCCGUGCUCCUCGCCACGCUCACAAUUUAUUGCAGCUCGUCGGUUUUAUCUUUGCCACCAUCGCUUAUCGCCACAGCGGCAUCCUUGGGACGGCACUACGCUCGCCAAAAACGAAGUAACCAAGGCGCUGUUGCUGCUGCUGCUGCUGCCACAGACCACUUGCUGCUGCAACCAAAUGUCGUCACAGACUCGCUGCCACCGCAUGCUUGGCAAACGACGUUGCUCUCGAAGAAGGACCCCAGAUUCAUACUGGGCGGCAAGAAUAUUGCCUCAAAUGGCUACACCGGCACAGAGGCUGCCAACGAUGAUAUCACGCAGCUGUCCAGCUUCGAGCUCAACAAUAAUGCCGGCAAUAAAAUGACGCAUCCCAACCACGUUAGCGGCAACAAGUUGUCGGAAAAAGCUAAGGAUGCACAUGAAAGACGCGGCGGCAACGCCAUGAUAGAGUUCAAUCGAAAAUUACCGUCUGAGUAUGAUUUAAAUACGCUGCUGGCCAGUGCUGCUGCUGCUGGUCACUUGGAAUUGCAACGCGAUGCUGCACAAUCAAUGGGAAAACAACAGCAAUCAGGUUCGGCGCUAUGGCGGCGGCACAUGCAACCUGCCGAUGUAGCGCCGCGCAUACGCGCCAUGCAGAUGAAGGAAUUCUUUACGCCACUCAAGUAUUGGGCGCACCAUUGCCAGUCCACCGAACACAAUUGUCCGCAGGAAUACUAUCGAGCUCUGUUCGCUGACAGAAGCAGAGCGGCAGCAGCGGCGGCUAAACAAAUGGAUGACUUCACUCCGAGUGUAGCUGGCGAUGCGGUGGCGGUGCAGCCAACAGCCAACGCCGCUGGUGAUGACGACGAUGAUGAUGUCAACAUGAACGCGCAUGCAUUUGUCUUUGGUGGCGGCGAUCCGCUUGCCAACUUUAAUGAUGACGCCGCUGUAGAUAAUGUGUACAACGAAGCUGGGGAAGUUGCUGAUAUGGCCAGCAGUGAUGGCGACCACAACAACGAGGACGACGACGACGACGACGAUGAAGACACCAAUGCCGCCAAUGACAUUUUAAUGCUGCUCAAUGGCGAACAAGAUGUCAUGAAAUUCUUGAGUUGGGCCAUGCAGCAGCUCUACCCAUAUCAGCAUUUUGCCAAUAAGAGCGGCAACGGUGGCGCGGAGUACUACCACCCAGGCAUGUUCAACUGGAAGAAAUUUAAUUUAUCGGGACACCUCGAGCCGCCAUUAUUGGUAGAGGAGCCGCAUUAUGUGAUUGUGCGGCGUGAGCAGCUGGAAGAAGAUCUGCAGCCAGGCGCACGCACCGCAAAUCGUCAAUCAACACAGCGAAGUUCACCCUAUCUGAGUGUUUUCAAUUUCAAUCACGGCCCGCAGUACAAAGCCGAUCCAUUCAUACCGCCGCGCGGCCGCAAACAUAAUUUGCCCGAUUUGGAUGCGUUGCUGAAUCGUUAUGAGACAUUUGUGCCGAACCGCGGCAAACGCGACAGAAUCAAAGACAUUUUUAAGUAUGAUGAUCUAUUCUUUCCGAAUCGCGGCAAAAAGCAACAGAAGCCUCCAAAGGCCACAGCACUGGCGCUCAACGGACAAUCGCAACGGCACUAUGACGAUGAGACCAACGAUUUGAAGGGAAUUGGAAGCGCGAACGAAGGCAAUUCUGACUAUGUUGGAGAUAGAGCGCUAUUGUUAGACAGUCAAGUUGAUGACAGUGAUGACAACAGCAAAACUUAUAGUGACACAAUUGACAGCAAUCUGGAGGCUGAUGGUGAUAGCAAUGGCGAUGGCGAAAAUGACGCUAUCGUCAGCGCCUUUGUUGGCUGGCCUUUGGAAAAUGACGACAACGCAGCGUUAACAAGCAAUCAAAUAAAUGGAACCGAUCAAUCAGACAAAUCAUCAAUGCCAAAAAUAGGCGCAAUCAACGCAUUGACCCAUGCAAUGCUCAAAAGGCCUGUCAUGAUAGCUGCACAGCCACAGCAUUGGCGCAGCGCUUUUAAGAAUCGUCGAAUGCGACGCGUGGCGGGCAUAUUCGCCGGUGCGACAAGGCUCGCAGCUAAUCGUUUGCGCUCAAUGUCAACAGUGAGUCAGAGGCACCGCCAUUUGCGAAGCGAACAAUUCCAAAAACAACAACAGAAAAAGCAGACACAACGUCGCACUACUUGGCAGAUGUCACUGCCGCCAUCAAAUCAGGUGCGAACCAACAUCAACGAUUUGGAUCGUUUGCCAUGGCGACUGGUAAAACAAAAACCAAAGCAGCGACAUAACAAAAACGCGUUGACAGCGCAACAUCUGCCUUUGACAUGGCUGCAACACUUGCCGGUGGAACAAGAACUAACGCAGUCAGAACGACUGCAACAACUACAACGGCAAUUGCAACAACAUUUGCUUGAUCGAGUUGAUGGUGUUGAUGCUGGGCGCAGCAGCCCUCCAGAGACCUUGGAUAUUGAUCGCAUAUAUUUCAGCAUUUAAAGUUUAAUAUUACCGCUGUUGGCUCCCAUUUUUUUGCUCAUUAUCAUUGGCACUUUUGCGGCAUAAGAAAUGUAUUGCAAAAAAUACGACUAAUAAGAUUUUGUAGAAAAGAGAUUUUAUUAUUAUAUUUAGGUUUUUGAGUGAAUUUUAUAAGAAUACUAUGAAAUGCAAACGCACAGAAACGCAACAAAACGCAGUUGCAACUUGCAUGUACCUAUAUGACCGUAAAUAUGUAAAUACAUUACUAAUUACACGGAAAUGUAGUUAAAUGCAGAGAAACGCAUGAAAACGCACGAAAACGCACGAGAACGCAUGGAAACGCAUGAGAACAUGACAUUUCUCAGCAAAAAUGCAUGUAAUCAUCAUAUACGUUUGGCGCUCUCCUUGACUUGUGAACUUGAACAAUUUUAAUAAGAGCUAUCGGAAAUUUCAGCUGUUUUUGCUAUUAAAAAACUCUUAGUGUAUGGAUAAGGAUAAACUUUUUCAGAUAGAUAUACAUACAUUAUUGUGUACUUGUACUAACUUUGGUGUCUCGAAUAAAAUUCUUAU